AUGGAGUGGGACAAUGGUACACGCCAGGCCCUGGGCUCCCCGCCCACUACCUGCGUCUACCGAGAGAACUUCAAGAGACUGCUCCUGCCACCUGUGUACUCAGUGGUGCUGGUGGCUGGCCUGCCACUGAAUGCCUGCGUCAUUGCCCAGAUUUGCACGUCCCGCCGGGCCCUGACCCGCACAGCUGUGUACACCCUGAACCUGGCCCUGGCUGACCUGCUCUAUGCCUGCUCCCUGCCCCUGCUCAUCUACAACUAUGCCCAAGGCGACCACUGGCCCUUUGGCGACCUCACCUGCCGCCUGGUCCGCUUCCUCUUUUACGCCAACCUACACGGCAGCAUCCUCUUCCUCACCUGCAUCAGUUUCCAGCGCUACCUGGGCAUCUGCUACCCUCUGGCCCCCUGGCACAAGCGUGGGGGCCGCCGCACCGCCUGGCUGGUGUGCGGGGCCGUGUGGCUGGCCGUGACGACCCAGUGCCUGCCCACAGCCCUCUUUGCUGCCACAGGCAUCCAGCGUAACCGCACCGUCUGCUACGACCUGAGCCCACCCGCCCUGGCCACCCGCUAUCUGCCCUAUGGCAUGGCCCUCACCGUCAUCGGCUUUCUGCUGCCCUUUAUCGCCCUGCUGGCCUGCUACUGCCGCCUGGCCCGUCGUCUCUGUCGCCAGGAUGGCCCCGUAGGGCCGGUGGCCCGGGAACGGCGUGGCAAGGCGGCCCGCAUGGCUCUGGUGGUGGCAGCCGCCUUUGCCAUCAGCUUCCUGCCCUUCCAUGUCACCAAGACAGCCUACCUGGCAGUGCGCUCCACAGCCGGUGUCCCCUGCCCUGUGCUGGAGGCCUUUGCGGCUGCCUACAAGGGCACGCGGCCCUUUGCCAGUGCCAACAGCGUGCUGGAUCCCAUUCUCUUCUACUUCACUCAGAAGAAGUUCCGCCGGCGGCCCCAGGAGCUGCUACAGAAGCUCACGGCCAAGUGGCAGCGACAGGGUCACUGA